AGAGAAUCCUCCAUCCUUUAUCCCUUAACAAAUCUAGUCUUCCCUCCCGACUGUGAUUGCAAGCUCUGGCGAUGCUUUGUACCCAUCAAAUCACUCUGCACUUAUCUCCGCUCUCUUCCUCUCUGCGACAUCGUCACUCGCCUCUCUUUCCUUUCCAUGCCUCCCGCAUCUUCAUCUCCCUCCGACCGUCGGCACUGGCGGCCGUUUCCCGGCCAUGGCUCGCGGAGCUUCCCGAGCCACCAUCUCCAGAAUCACCAAUCGGAGAAACCGAAGGACCCGUCGAACUUAUUUCCUCUUCCUCGUCUUCCCUCUUUGCAAUCGAUGACAAUCCGACCCCCUUGCAGAUUGCCACUAGUGUUCUUCUCACCGGCGCCAUAACUAUCUUCCUCUUCCGCUCCAUUCGUAGAAGAGCCAAGCGGGCAAAGGAGCUGAGAGUGCGUUCUACGGGAACGACGAAGGUGAAGGGUAUAAAGGAAGAAGCUUUGGAUAGCUUGAAAGCAAUCGGAGUUGGUCCCGUUGAAGCUCAGAGUCCACCUUCCCCUGUUCAGGCGUUGCUGGGAGGGAUUACGGCUGGGGUAAUCGCUGUUAUACUGUACAAGUUCACGACCAACGUUGAAGCCUCUCUUAACCGCCAGACUAUCUCUGAUAACCUAUCUGUUCGCCAGUUGACGAUCACAAUCAGGACUAUUGUGAAUGGUUUGUGCUAUCUGGCAACUUUUGUGUUUGGUAUUAACUCAAUUGGGUUGAUUCUCUACUCUGUUCAGCUUGCCUUUAGUUCUUUCAUGGAAGGAACAAGCAAAGAAUCAUCUUCCACUAUGAAUGAAGUUGAAAAAACAGAAGAUAUAGAUCCUUCCAAUACUUCAACAGAUGAAAAUGAUUCAAGAAACAAGGGAAAGCCUGAGAGUUCAGAUGAAACUUAGUUUUUCAGGAGGCUGACACUGAGCUCAGGUCAACGAUGAGAGUUUUAACGAGUAUGUCCUAAAGGAAUUUUUCAGAAGGCAGAUUGAGUUUUUAAUAAUAUCACAUGUGAUGAUAGAGCCAUGUCUCCUAUCUAUUCCAUCGAAGGAUCAUACUGGAAUUUAAGUUCAUUUCUUGACCUGCCCAACGUGUAUGUGCAUUAUGCUCGUCGGAGCUCAUGCCGGUGUAUGCUUUUACAUGUAUUUUGCAUAGUGUAUUGGUGAAGCGGUUAUUUGUAUGCAUGCAAUAGGUGUGUACAACACAUUUGCAUGUACGCAUGUAUGGUGUAUUUUGCAGUUGCAUAACGUUUAGUUGUAGCAUGUGAUAUUUUUGCAUGUAAAUGCAACACAGAAUAAGAUGCUUGAAUGAAAUCCUCUGCUUAUUGCAAAUGUACGUAGAAGGGCAUUUUAAA